AUGCCAAUCCCAAAUCAACUUAAAAUUCCCCGCACUUUGGGGAAUUCCCCACAAAUUGGCAACGCUGCUCUCGUUUCAUCCAAUACCUAUAUAUUAUUCUACGAACGAGCGGAUACCGGAUUGUCGGACAAUACAACUCAGACCCCUACGUCAGCACAGAAAGUCACAGCCUCGGAGAUGGCACAGGAUAAUAGCAUCACAUCGAAGCCUUCGGAGACAGCCACAACGACAACGACGACCAGUGAAGAUGUGGUCACCACAUACAAGGAGACCAGUCAACUGAGUGCGGCCAACGGUAUUGCAACUGCCUUAAAUUCGGCAACGCCAGCCAAUGGCAAUUCAGCAGCAGCGGCCAACUCAUCGUGGGCUGCUUCAUCGUCGGCAGCAGCAGCAGCGGCGACGGCGUCGUCAUCGACUCGAAAACCAACGCAUGCUGAGCCACAGAGUCUAAGUCUUAGCCAGGGAGCGGAAGAUAAAUCGGAUGAGGCGAGCGAUGAGGAUGAUGAUGUCGAUGUCGAUGUCGAUGUCGAUGAUGAUGGCUGCAAUGGCUGCGCAAAUCCGGCCAUCAAUAGUGCCGACAACAGUCGAGCACUGGACGACAGCAUUGAGAGUCCAUCGCCAUCGCAUCGUCUCGCAGCUGCUGCCGCAGCGGGAACAGCGGGAGCGUCAUCAUCGAGCAAUGGCCGAGGACAGCUGAAGGUGGAGUCAUCGGAUGUCUAUCAAAUUGUCGAUGAGCUGCGUCGGAAUACGAGUCUCAGUUUCGAUUUGUCGUGCAAGGCAUUGCGUGCUGUGUUGACCAGCCUGGAGGAGUUGUACAAUGGCGCCAUCAAUCCGUAUCUGGAGCCAGUUGCUGUCCAUGCUACCGGCAAAAUGCCGACGACCAAGGAGCUGCUGGGCAUCACACACGAUGGGAAGCGUUGGCAGUAUUUGUUUAACCAGUUGGCCGAUUGCAAGAACGAUACGGAGCAGCGCAAUUGGAUGCUCUACGAAGAUGAUGAGGAUAUUAUACAGUUUCUUGAGGAACUUGUCGAGUGAAGCUACAAUGCGGAUGAGAACAUCAGUUGCUAUGAGAUGUCGCGCGAUCAGUAUCAAAUGUUCAUCAAUCUGGUGCAGUACUAUCAGAUGGACAGACGCUGGUCCAUCAAACGCCUUCUGCUUCAGACCUUCACAGCUGCCUGUCAUCUUGAUCACAUUAUCGUCGACAUUCUGCUAACUUCACUGCUGCCACUCGAGAUUGUCAAAGACAUGAAGGCACACUUUGCCGAUCUGGAUCUGUUUAAGCAGCUGGUCAAGAUGCUAACCAUAAUAUUCUUGUUGGGCCAGCUAAUGCCUGUGAAUCAUCAAGAUUAUUUAGGCGUGCGCAACAACCCGGAGGUACUGGUGGAUAUAGUGAUAGCUCUGAUACUGGCAUUCAAUCAGCAGUUUAGCGAGCAUGCGGUGAAUGUGAUCAUCGAAGCCAUGCAGAAUCGGCCCACAGCCAAAGUGUUCACCGAGAAGCUCUUGUUGCUGCUCAAUCGAGAAGAUGAUCCAACGCGAGUGCUGAAGCAUCACAAUGAGCACAUGAACACGGUGCUGCGCAUGUUUAUUGACAUCUUCAGUCAUCCGGAUACGGCCGGCAUGUUUUAUACAAACCAUAUCAAUGACCUCAUCGAUAUUGUGGUGCGUCAACUUUCCGAUCUGGAUGCGGGCAAUGUGUUAAUUACGUCCGUGCUAUUUGGAGCUGUGUCGUCGCAUUUUGCGCAACACAAACUAUCAGGACCAUCAGCAUCGCAAGCAAACAUCGAACUCAUGAAGAUCUUUAUGCGCAUCUUUUGCGAGGAGACCGAAUGCAGUGCAUCCGAUCAGCAGUUAGUGCGCGAAAUCGCCAACGAAUUUCCCCAAUUGUUUAAAGACAGAGCCAGAAUCUAGAAUUGCAAACAGAAAAAAAACACAACUCCUAAAACCAACUAAAAUCAAAAUA